GGAGUUUAGGAUAGCCGUUAAAGGCGAGUCCAGUUGCCUCUUCCUCAGUGUGUUCAUAGAGAUUGUCAGUCCGCUGAGGCUUCGUGUUGGCUUUGGUUUGUUACGGAUUUUGUCGUGAACCAGCCGCUACAUCUACAUCCAAAUGGCUGACCAGCUUACAGAAGAGCAGAUUGCCGAGUUCAAGGAGGCAUUUUCGCUCUUUGACAAGGAUGGAGAUGGCACCAUCACCACCAAAGAGCUGGGCACAGUCAUGCGCUCUCUGGGCCAGAACCCCACAGAGGCAGAGCUGCAGGACAUGAUCAAUGAAGUGGACGCUGAUGGAAAUGGAACGAUAGACUUCCCAGAGUUCCUGACCAUGAUGGCCAGAAAGAUGAAGGACACAGACAGCGAGGAGGAGAUCAGAGAAGCAUUCCGCGUCUUUGACAAGGAUGGUAAUGGAUACAUCAGUGCUGCUGAGCUGCGCCACGUGAUGACAAACCUUGGGGAGAAGCUGACCGACGAGGAGGUGGACGAGAUGAUCAGAGAAGCAGACAUUGACGGAGACGGACAGGUCAACUAUGAAGAGUUCGUACAAAUGAUGACGGCGAAGUGAAGGCCUUGUACAGAUUUCGUAUAUAAAUAAUUUGCCUUUUUUUCUUUGUGUAAUUUAUCUGUAAAAUCUUAAUAGCCCCCCUUCGUCCCUGCCCCUUCUGCUGUCCAAAGGAACUGCAUGUAAACUGCAUAGGCUCUUGUCCCCAUGUCCCUUUCUUUUGCUGUCAUGGUGUUUUGGAGUGACGAAAUGGUCAUACAACCAGAUGCCUGUGGAGGCCCCUGGGAGCCGGAGAACUUCGAAUCUUCCCGUCUUGUGUGCUCGGGGCCCCUCCACGCAUGGCGACAUUGGAAACCUGUCAGCUAGUUGUCACUUGGCAACACUGUUGGCAUGGAAACAAUGUAGAGGAGUUUUAACUCUGCAUGGACUAUGGACAAAGUAUAUAUGGGAAUCUCUCAGCAUUGCACUACUGCAAAAAAAUGACACGGGUGUAUCUCCUAGGUACUCGUACAAACUCUUUUUGUAUCUGCUGUUCUAUAUACCAGAAAACGACUAAUCUUAACCAUGCUUUUUAAUGUUUUACUCACUACUUUUGCAUUUCUUUCUUUUUUCUUUCUUUUUUUUUUUUUUUUUUAAAUGACCACUGGUCAUGCCUCAAAUAAUCCAUUCCAAGUUGUAUAUUUUUGUUUUCCAAUAAAAUUUACAAUCUACCCGGAUUUGAAAAUUGUCUUGUUUUCUCAGUUAUAAUGGAUCCUUGAGUUUGUAUACCCUGUAAUAAUUCCCAGUUUUGUAUUGAGGACAGGAUGCUCCGUUUUUUGAUAGGAUUUUUUUUUUUUUUUUUUUUCCAACUUGUUGCUUAGAAUACAUAUGAAAUGUUUACCAUUUUAAAUUUGAAGUAUCCCCUGUUAAUUCCCAAAAGCACUGAGGAGCAUCAGCCAAUGCCUCUUAAUGUUCAGAUAAGCUCAGAUCAAAUCUGUAUUGUCAUUAAAAUAAAAGCACUGAGUGGGAUCAAAGGCUUCUGUUUUGAAGUGCACACAUUGGUACUCAACAUUGGAUUAGCCUUGUACUGUCCAGCUCUCCUAAUGACUACAUUGGCCACGUGUUGUCUGCUGCUGUUGGCACAGCACCAUGUAGAAGCUGCCUCAUGUCUUAUUUGGCGUUUGCCCCCUAAUGACGAGGUGCAGGUGAUCGAGCGUACAUCAGAAACCAUGGUGUAAAUAGAGGUGUACCUGUUUUUUGUUGUUUUGUUAAUUUCUGAUUAUUGAGUUUGUUACAGUAGCUUGCAGAGAUACUAAGUUUGUUGUUUUGAUGAAUGACAAAAUAAAGCUCUAUUGUGGACCUCU